AUGGCUGUUCCUGCUGUUGCGGCCGCUGUUCCAGCAGCUCUCUAUGUGAGCUCCAAGUUGGCGUUUCCGCGCGAUCUCAAGCUUGCUCGUGGUCUGCUCAAUGCCAAGAUGAACUAUCGCUCCUACGAGAAGAACGAUACUAUCAACAUCUCAUAUCGCUUUGAGGAGACAUGCAAGAAGUACCCCAAUAAGGAGGCCCUUGUCUUCGAAGGCAAAUCCUAUACCUUUUCGGAUAUUCAACGAGAGUCAAACAAAGUCGGCAAUUGGUUAUUGUCCAAGGGUGUGAAGCGUGGUGAUAUUGUGUCCUUAAUGAUGUUGAACCGACCCGAGUUCUUGUUCUGUUGGCUCGGCAUCAACAAGAUUGGUGCUUGUGGUGCAUUCAUCAACACCAACCUCACAGGCAAACCCCUGACUCACUCGCUCAAAACUGCUUCAUCAACCUUGUUGAUCUUGGAUACAGAAUUGACACAACCCAUUGGAGAUGUCCUGGAUGAGGUUCUCCAGAUGGGUUAUACGAUCUAUACAUAUGCAGGAGUCGGGCCUCAGGUGGAUUUCGCAGCUCCCCUGGACUUGAACGGUAUCCCGGAUGUAGCAUUGCCAAAGAGCUUGAGAAAGAAGACAACCGCAAAUGAUAUUGCAAUGUUGAUCUAUACCUCCGGUACUACGGGUCUUCCUAAAGCCGGUCGUUUUUCACACUCUCGUGCAAACUUGGCUGCUCAUUUCUGGGAAUCGUUCUACUACUUCAAUGCCCAGGAUCGCCUGUACAUCGCAUUGCCUCUGUACCACAGUGCAGGAGCUGUGUUGGGUAUGUGUGUGGCUUGGGUGACGGGCGCAACUGUCGUCUUGGCCCGCAAGUUCUCGACAUCAUCAUUCUGGGAUGAAUGCAGGGCCAACAAUGUCACUGUGAUCCAAUAUAUCGGAGAGAUUUGUCGCUACUUGCUCAAUGCUCCCCCUUCACCCUUGGAUAAGACUCAUAAUAUUCGUAUGGCACAUGGAAAUGGUAUGCGACCUGAUGUCUGGACUCGAUUCAGGGACAGAUUUGGAAUUCCUCUGAUCGGAGAAUGGUAUGCGAGCACAGAGGGCACGGGCAUUUUGACCAAUUACAACACAGGAGAAAAUGGUGUUGGUGCGAUCGGAUAUCGAGGAACAUUGGCCAGGACGGUCGAUUGGGGUCUCAAGAUCGCCAAAUUUGAUGUUAUCACAGAAGAGUUGAUUCGUGACAAGAACGGACGCUGUAUCGAGUGCGCACCUGAUGAGCCUGGUGAGUUGCUGACAAUCAUCGAUUCCGCAGAUCCCACACGUGCCUUCCAAGGUUAUCACCAAAAUGCCAGUGCCAACUCCAAGAAGAUUGUGACGGAUGCGUUCAAGGUUGGGGACCGCUACUUCCGCACAGGUGAUAUUCUUCGCCGUGACAAGGAUGGUUAUUUUUAUUUCGGCGAUCGUGUAGGAGACACUUUCCGCUGGAAGUCCGAAAACGUUUCGACAGCCGAAGUUUCAGAAGUGUUGUCUACAUACCCCGAUUGUAUUGAAGUCAAUGUGUAUGGUGUUCAGAUCCCUGGUCAUGACGGCCGUGCAGGCAUGGCAGCCAUUGUCUCCAAGGAUACGAUGGAUUGGGACAAGUUUGCCAAAUUCGCUCUGAAGAAUUUGCCUCGGUACUCGGUCCCGAUCUUUAUCCGUAAGACACCAGCAAUCGAGAUCACCGGCACAUUCAAGCAGAGGAAGGUAGAGUUGGUGAAUGAGGGUAUGGAUCCAAGCAAGAUCCCAGAUGAGAUCUUGUGGUUGGAUGGAAACUCCUAUAAGCCUUUCAAGGCACCAGAGUACCAGCGUGUCAUCACUGGCAAGGCUAAAUUGUAAUAUUCGUAAAGGCUUUCAGUUAUCCAACAACAUAUGCGCAACAAUACUCAUUCAUUAAAGG